UAUUCUAUAUUUGCAUCCUUCUACUCUGUUGUCUUCUUACCCUAACCAUUGGAGAGGAUGAGGGUUCAAGUACGGAAGCAUCACCGGCACCGCCAAAAGCUUCAUCUCCACCACCAGUAGCCAAACAAACGCCAAAAAUCACCAAAUCUCGAGUAUUAUCAACGAGGCGGCCACCAGCUUCAAUACCUACCGUCCGAACAACCACAACGACGACAACAACAACAACCACUACGACCACAUCAACAACAGAAGAUCCAACCCUAUUUGAAACCACAACCAGCAUUAGUGAUAUCUGUAUCCAUGGCAUUCAAGCUAUUGUGCCAAAUUCUGAAGAAGAUUUAACCGUGGUAAAGGCUGAAGAAGAUUUCGUUCAUACCAUUGAGGGAGAUUUGAUGUUGAGUGUUAUGACCACCGACCCGGCAUCGGCAAUGUUUGUCAUAAAUCGCCUGAAUGUGGCUAAUCUGCUGGAAGCUGAUUUUUUAAUUGGCAUUCGCGCUGUUACCCUGAGUUCCGAUGACCUCUUGGAAAAUAUCCUCCUGCAGGAGAUUAAAUAUCAACAACAGUGUAUAACCCAUGCCAUUGGAAUUUUCAUUGAUUACGAUUACUAUAAGGAAUUGGAAAAUUUUAUUAAUGAUUUGGAAUAUAAUAUUUGGCCAAUACCUUCCAUACGCCAAGAUCUGUUCCCUAAGGUAGCCCAUUUACUGCAUCAAAUGCCAUGGGGUGAUGCAAUUGCUUCCGUUGAGAUUUUAACUGAAAACUUAAAUGUUUAUAACGAUUUUAUGGAUGCAACGCGAAAGGAGGAAAUGUGCCUCAUGCAUUUCAAGAGUGACAAUAAUAUUUAUAUCCUAUUCGGAAAUAAAAUGGUCUCCCAUUUCAAGGAGAAUGGAACGAUAUUUGCUGUGCCCACGGAGAGGGUGGAACGACAUUUUAUAUUGGAUUUACCCAACAAAUCCUACAUACUAAUGGAGAAUGAAAUCGAUUUGCGAGUAGUGGAUAAAAAUGUAACCCAAAUGACGUUGGAUGAACCGUUGAUAGGCAAGACAAUACUUCCCUCCAGGGUGUUGGCCUUUGCCCGACCUAUUGUUGAACUGGCACGAUGGCUAAAAUCAUCAAUGACAAGGAAUUGUAAACGUAUUGAAGAAUUCUUUGCCCUGGAAACUUGCAUCGGUCUACUGGAAUUCGUUGGAGAUUGGGAGAAGCCGGAAAAUCGCCUACCCGUUCAUGACACUGCCGAGCUGUUGGAUUUGCUGCGUAUGCGCCACCUAGGGGCCAUGAUGAAUUUUCAAAUGUUCCAAAAGCAGGUGGAGGAUCUAACACCACCAGUCAUAAUUUACGAGGAGGAUAAAAUGAAGUUAAGGGAAAUUGCAGCGCAGAACUUUGUGACAAAUAUCACCACCUAUUAUCACUAUAAUCGGGAUAAUCACACCAGUCUGGAAUUGAAGACGAAAUUUGGUCAUGUAUUUACGUGUCAAUAUACGGCGGGAGAGAAUUCCCGAUAUCCAUUUCUCUUCGAUGGAGAAUCGGUUAUGUUUUGGCGUAUAAAACCAGAUACAUGGGUGGCCACGGGUAUGACGGCGGCCAUAUUGGGUUUGAUUUGUACCCUGGCCAUAUUGGUGUUCAUUGUGGUGAGGAUCUCCUUGGGUGAUGUUUUUGAAGGAAAUCCGGUUACAUCGAUUUUGUUGCUGCUGUCCUUGUUGCUGAUGUUUACCUCGUUUAUACCCUUCUCAAUUGAGUAUGUGGGAGAACAUCGUAAUUCCCAUGUGACCAUUGAGGAUGCUGAGACCCUGAAUACAUUGUGUGCGGUGAGGGUGUUCAUAUUGACUUUGGUUUACUGCUUCGUCUUCUCUCUGCUGUUAUGCCGUUCUGUAAUGUUAGCUUCAAUUGGUUCCGAGGGUGGUUUCCUCUCCCAUGUCAAUGGUUAUAUUCAGGCCGUGAUAUGUGUCUUUAGUAUUCUCGUGCAAUUGGGUAUGUCGAUUCAACUGCUGGUCGCGAUGCAUAUUGCCUCGGAUAAGGUGUCCUGUGAGAAUUUGUACUAUGGUUAUUGGAUGUUUGGGCUAUUGGCCUAUGAUAUGCUGCUGUUGUUAAGUAUUAUUGCCCUGGUGCCGUUUAUAUAUCGUUCACAGAGAAAUUAUCGGGAAGGUAUUUUAAUUGUUAUUGGUUCCGUGCUGAUGCUGAUUAUAUGGAUUGUUUGGAUCACCAUGUCAUUCUUUGGAGAUGAAAUGCGGGAUGCGGCGUUGCCAUUGGGUCUACAGGCAUCAGGGUGGGCCAUUCUCGUGGGUAUAUUGAUACCAAGGACGUUUUUGAUUGUCCGAGGCAUAGAACGUUCGGAUAUUGCCCAGGCCCUACCAUCGCUGACUUCCUUGGCUUUUGCUCAAAAUCAUCAAUACUCUUCGGAACAGAGUGUUUAUGAAUGUGUCAAUCCCGCCAUGCGUAACAUAUCCCAGGAUGAGUUGCAUCAUCAGUCACCCAGUGAAAUUCCCACCUUACCACUGCGUGGAGGUGGUGCUCCUCGGCGUCAACAAUUCUUUGCCAAUUUACGUCAGGCCAAUGCCCACAUUGGGAAUCAGCGACAAAAUACCACUCGUGUAAAUCGUGGUAAUAGUCCGGCCCAUUCCGUACAAGAGUCCCUCACACCUUCCGACUCACCUGAAAGCAGUAAAAUUACACGAUUUUAAAAU